GUCCCCGCGUGCACGCGCGGCGGGCGGCGGGCGGGCGCCCGGCGCUCGGGCGUGUGCGAGGCGUGAGGUGGAGAUGGGGGCGGAGGGAGCUGGAGCUGUCACAGGCCCCGGGUCCGCCUGACCGAGCCAAGUGGGGUGUCAUGGCCGCGGGGGGCAGCGGCUGCACUUCCUCUGCGGGCGGCGGCGGCAGCGGCCGGGGAGUUAAUCCUCGACGCUCGGGUCCCGUUUCCCUCUGUGCGGCGGCCGGCGGGACCAUAAGGGCUUAACUCAUAUAUUUAACCCCCCUCCAAAAAGGUUUCGUUGGAAGGAAUUAUGCAAAUCCUGCUUUCUGGUGUCCAUUCAGCGGCAAUUUCAUGCGGGUUUGAAAGUAUUCUGGAAGGGCUGUUUGGACCUGCAUUAUUAAAAGAUCUCAGUUUAUUUAAAGACUGUGAACCCGAAAGCAUUUCUGAUUGGACUUUUGAUGAAAAUUGUCUGUUCUGUUGCUUAAGAAGAGAUAAAGUAAAGGGACACUUAGUCGGUCUGGAUGAACCAGCUUCGGGAGCUGGGCAAGAAGCUCUGCUUAAACAAGAGCAAGCAAAAAUCAUUCGAUUCGAGAGACAAGCAGAAGAGUUCCUCAAUGCAGUCUUUUAUAGAAAAGACAGUCCCUGGGUCUCCGACCCCAAUAUCCCCCUAGUGGCCCGUGAGAUCAUGCAGCGAAUGAUCCAACAAUUUGCUGCUGAAUAUACCUCAAAAAAUAGCUCUACUCAGGACCCCAGCCAGCCCAAUAGCACAAAGAACCAAAGCCUGCCGAAAGCAUCUCCAGUCACCACCUCUCCCACGGCUGCAACUACUCAGAACCCUGUGCUCAGCAAACUUCUCAUGGCUGACCAAGACUCACCUCUGGACCUUACUGUCAGAAAGUCUCAGUCAGAACCUAGCGAACAAGACGGUGUACUUGAUCUAUCCACUAAGAAAAGUCCAUGUGCUGGCAGCACUUCCCUGAGCCAUUCUCCAGGCUGCUCCAGUACUCAAGGGAACGGUGAGAACUCAGCAGAGGCAAUAGCAGUAGAUUCUAACAAUCAGUCGAAGUCCCCACUGGAGAAGUUUAUGGUCAAACUGUGCACUCAUCAUCAGAAGCAGUUCAUCCGUGUUCUGAACGAUCUGUACACUGAAUCUCAGCCAGGCACCGAGGACCUGCGACCUUCUGAUUCUGGAGCAAUGGAUGCCUCCACCUGCAAUGCUGGCUGUGCCCAGCUCGAUACCAAACAUAAGGAAAAGGAUACUGUGUGUCUCAAUAUGAAGUCUCCUACUUCUGUAGAUUUGUUCUUAGACUCAUCAGGCUCUCACAGCCCUCCACACUUGACAGAACAGACCCUAAAGGAGCCUCCUCCUGAAACAAACUCCGUAGAUGGAAAAGAGAAUACCUUGACUAUUGUCCAGAAAGAUUCCUCUGAACUUCCAACCACUAAGCCUAAUUCUGGUAGUUCAAUGGAUAGUUCCACUCUGGAAUACCUCACUGCAUCUAAUUCUUCCUCAUUAAACUUCCACCAUAUCUCUAAGAUCUUGGAGGGGCCAACCACUGGACAGGAGCAAGACACAAAUGUGAAAGUAUGUGAGGAUGGUAGAGACCACGUGCAGAGUUCAGCUUUAGUAGAAAAUCUCAUUGCAGGAAAAGUGACAGCUGAGAAUAGUGAAGAGAGCAACAGUUGUAUUGUUUCUCAAAGAAAUUCGUUCAAAGCUUUAUCGGAAGAGGCUUGGGACUCAGGGUUUAUGGGGAAUUCACCUAGAACUGCUGACAAAGAGAAUGCUUUACAGGGUGGCUCAAAAACACCUUUACGCCAGGACUUAGAGGCAGGUGAACAAGAUUCAAGGCCAAAGCAAGAGAACCAUCUUCACUCACUGGGAAGAAAUAAGGUGGGUUACCAUUUACAUCCCAGUGAUAAGGGCCAAUUUGAUCAUUCCAAAGAUGGUUGGUUAGCCCCCAGCCCCAUGCCACCUGUCCACAAAGCACCUAAUGGACAUUCACGAACCAAGAUGAUAUCAACCUCCAUUAAGACAGCUCGGAAAAGUAAAAGGGCCUCAGGGUUGAGGAUAAACGAUUAUGAUAACCAGUGUGAUGUCGUUUAUAUCAGCCAGCCAAUAACAGAAUGCCACUUUGAGAAUCAAAGAUCAAUAUUAUCUUCUCGGAAAACAGCCAGGAAGAGUACUCGAGGAUACUUUUUCAAUGGUGACUGUUGUGAACUGCCAACCGUUCGCACACUGGCCAGAAAUUUACACUCCCAAGAAAAAGCAAGCUGCUCAACACUGGCAUCAGAAGCGGUGGUCACGCCUAAGCAGACCCUUAUUGUUUCAGCACCUCCACCUGCAGUAGAAGUGCAGCAUCCCAGAGAAGACAACCCUGAAGAACCUAGUAAAGAAAUAACCUCCCUCAAGGAAGGAGACAGAGAUGAGUCAUCUGAAAAGGAAUCUCAAGAGCCUGAGGUUUGCCCAAUGACGAGUAACGCAAACCCAAGCAGCUCCCCUAGAUCCAAGGAAACAACAGCCUCCAGCCUGGCGCGGCCUCUCCCUGCUCAGCUUCCCGAAGAGGACCUGCCAGAAGGCAGCCCCGUAGUCUCAGCUCCCACAGAGAGUAGGAUAUCUUCCCCUGAACUAGACCAACAGUCAGUUGACCUGCUGGAUACAAAGGAGAUGAGUGUACCCGAAGAUUGUCACCUGCUUCCUUCUACUGAGAGCAUUUCUGAGGGAGGCAGUGAGGAUGUUGCUCCUAGGCCUCGUUCUUCUCCAGAAACAAUCAGUAGAGAGGAGAGUCCUCCAUGCUCAGAAAAUCACAGUCCCCAAGUGGGCUUGGAGCCUCCUGUGAGCCCGAAAAAAGCUGAGGAAGAUCAGAGCAUCAGUACAGAGGCCGAGACUGGUGACACUCAGGAGCUAGACACUGACCCACUCUUGAAGGAAAGCAGCACUUUUUCUAAUGAAAACCCCAGUGAAAUGGAGGAAAGAGGGGCAGCAGGUGGUACAGGAAAAUUCGAGGGAGAGGACAGUGAUGUAAAACCUCCUUCAGAAAAAGAUAUGUGCGAUCAAAACAUUGACUCACCUGAAGAGAAUUUGGACAAAAAGAAGAAAGGUAAAAAAUUCCCCGAGGCCUCUGACAGGUGCCUCAGAAGUCAACUUUCAGAUUCUUCCUCUGCCAAGAGGUGCCUACGAAAUCAAAGUUCAGAUUCCUCCUCUGCUUGUCCUGAGAUCAAGGUUUCUAAAACUCCCGGUGUAAGACGUUCUAAAAAAGAAGGGUAUCCUGGUGGGACAACACCUGACGGCUUUCCCACUGAUGAUUUCCAUACAAAAGCCCUGGAGGACACAGAAAACCCAAAUGUCAAUGGGAAUCCCUCUGAGAAAGAUGCUGAGGAGGAAGGCAUAGGAGGUGGGAUAAUCACCAGGCAGACUUUUAAAAACAUGCUAGCAAAAGAAGUCAAGGGGGAAGAAGGAGGUAUUUUCCCCAGCAAUGAUCCCAUAACCACAGCUGGCCAGCCCCUGCCUGGAGAGAAACUGGAAAUCUAUGUUCAGUCUAAGUUAAGUGAGAACAGUACUCAAGACCUCUCUGAAAGUAUUCCUUGUACUUUCCCAGAACAGUCAAAAGAGAAGCCAGGACCUGUUCCUGCACAAGACACAGAGGAGGUUGUUAAUGAGAUGGAUAGUGCAGACAGCCAGCAUAAAGAUCAUGAUAGUGAUGUGCCGUCUAACACACUUGGGGUGUCAAGUAAUGGAAGUGAUGACACUGCUGGGCCCCCAAAAUGGGUACCGAGGCUUACAAGACUGACCUCUUCAACCUACAACCUAAGACAUGCUCAUCCUUUCGAUUCCUUGGAUACAGUAAAAGUGACUUCAGAAAAGGAAGCAGUACAAGAAAAGCCAAUCUCAAAGGAAAAUGAAGCUUCAGAGAGUGGAGAUCCCUUAGAUGAGGAUGAUGUGGACACAGUGGUAGACGACCAGCCAAAGUUUGUGGAAUGGUGUGCCGAGGAGGAGAACCAAGAGCUUAUCGCCAGCUUCAAUGCCCAGUACAUGAAAGUUCAGAAGGGUUGGAUCCAGCUGGAGAAAGAGGCCCAGCCAACACCCAGAGCAAGGAACAAGUCAGAUAAACUGAAGGAGAUUUGGAAAAGCAAGAAAAGGUCACGGAAAUGCCGAGGUUCACUGGAAGUUCAAAAAUUUUCUCCUGUUCAGAUGCUGUUUAUGACAAACUUUAAAUUAUCUAAUGUUUGUAAAUGGUUCUUAGAGACGACUGAAACCCGGUCUCUGGUCAUUGUGAAGAAGCUCAAUACUCGUCUUCCAGGAGACAUCCCACCUGUCAAGCAUCCUCUUCAGAAGUACUCUCCUUCCAGCCUGUACCCCAGUUCACUACAGGCUGAGCGCUUGAAAAAACACUUGAAGAAAUUUCCCGGAGCUACUCCUGCCAAGAACAAUUGGAAAACACAGAAGCUCUGGGCUAAAUUUCGAGAGAAUCCUGACCAAGUGGAGCCAGAGGAUGGCAGUGACGUUAGCCUCAGCCCCAAUCCUGAGGACAGUGUAGAGCAAGUCAAGGAAGGUAGAAAUAGCCAUCCUCCCACAAGCUCGCCUACGCCAGCCAGUACCCGGAUCCUUAGGAAAUAUUCCAACAUUCGAGGAAAGCUCAGAGCCCAGCAGCGUUUGAUUAAGAACGAGAAAAUGGAAAGCCCAUUUGGUCCAGCUGUGGAAAGUAAACAAAGUUGUAAGAGUGUAUGCAUCAACCCUCUGAUGUCCCCCAAGCUUGCCCUGCAAGUAGAUGCAGAUGGGUUUCCCAUUAAGCCCAAGAGUACCGAUGGAAUGAAAGGAAGGAAAGGGAAGCAGAUGUCUGAAAUCCCACCAAAAGCAGAAGUUCAAAAUAAACGCAAGAGGACAGAAGGCAGCAGCACUCAGGACAGGAAGGACAAGGGACCUGCAAUGAAGGCCAACAAAGAGAAGCAUAUUGAUGGAGCCACCAAAACCCCCGCUGCAAAGAAGCCAGCUACAAGGGACAGAAUCAGCCAACUGCCCAGAAAGACGUCUUUGAAAGAGAAUAAAGUGAAGACCCCUAAAAAGUCCCUUGGAAAGAGCUGCCCUCCCUCCAGGAAAGAAAAAGAGAACACAAACAAAAGACCCACCCAGCCCUCCACCUCGGAGACAGUGACAAAACCUGCAAAGCAAAAGGGGGCCGGUGCAUCCUCUUCAAGGCCACAGAAAGCCACAAGUAGGAAGCAGAGCAGUGGAAAGACUCGAGCCAGAUCCUCGACGAAAACCCCAGAGAACAGUGCAGCCCAGAGAAAGCGGAAGCUAAAGGCAAAGCUGGACUCUUCCCACAGCAAACGGAGGCGGUUGGAUACAAAGUGAUUGGAAGGGCGGUAGCCAAGAGUUAAAACUGUUCUAUAGAAGUAACCCUUUAUUUUGCAUUAACUAAAUCUGCUUUUAUAAGCUUAUCAAGCCUUUCAACCCUGCAGUUAAUGGAGAAUACCACAAUUUAAGAUGUCAGAAAAUGCGUCUCAGUUGGAGAAGGGAACUUGCAGAGUCUUUCUCUGAGGCUGAGUAAGGGAAGUUAUAUAUUAUAUUCUGAUUGUUCCUUGGGUUUUAAACUUGGAACCAAGCAGUUUUAGUUUUUAAAAGUACAGUGCCUUAUUUAUCCUUUUUGUUUUUAAAUUUACAAAAGCUAAAAAGCUGAUCUAUGUGAUUAAAGGCUUGUAUUUUAUACUUGAUGCACAAGCACUUGUACUGUAGCCGAGAAGACCACCAGGAUGCACAUAAAAGUAGCUUUUCAGCAGCCACCCUGCAGUAUCUGUACAUGAACAGAUGCUCUUCUUUGCAGAACCCAGCAGUGAACUUCCCUCUGUCUUGUUUGUUUAAAAUGAUAUUUGAAAGCUAAACCAAAUCAUUUUUAUGGUAUGUGGAGAAUGCAGAGGGAAUUUAUAAUUAUUAUAAAGGAUUAAUAUUUCUGUUGACCCCUUUUUAAAAAUUCAUAUUCAUUGUUGGUCACUCAUCUCUGAUCUUUUGUUAUUUGAGAAAAAAAUUUAUUCUAAAUUAUGUGCCCAUGGGACAAAAGGUGUGUCACAAGAUGUUAAUACUGAUUUAUGACCUCUAAAAAUUACUCACAUUCCCCAAUUAUUUGCAUUACUGAUUCUUACCAUCCUUUUCAUUUUUGGCCUUGCAAGCUUGCUAGCACGCUAACAAGAUUUUCAUCCUACUUUGGGGAAAAAAUCUAGGAUCCUUUUUUUCAUCUUGUAGCUGUAAUUUGACAAUUAGGAUGAGAGUAACUGUUCUAAUUUUCUUUCUUGCCCUAAGUACUUCCAUAUUCAAAGAAAGCCAAAAUGUUACUUCCAGGAAUAGAAAAGUUUAAGACUGUGUGUGUGCAUGUGUGUUUGGGUUCAUUUGCAUGUGGUUAUCAGGCACAAAUGUCUCCCAAUCCCAGUUCUAGAGUAAAUUUUUUCCUUCUCCAUGCAGUGUAAUAGGGUGUUCAUGAGCUGGGUAACUAGCAUAGGCCAGAUGGCUUAAAUGUAGCCCAAGGUCUCUAUGAGCAUUCCCCAAACCUCUUUGGCACCAGACUCAGGAAGGUCUAAACAGCACAGAAUUAUAUAAAGUUCAGAGCAACCUUGUAGUUAAAGAAAGUAGCACCAACAUCUCAUAGUGGGGCCACAAACACCCCUAUACCAGGAGCUGAUGUUCAGCUGGUAUGUUCCAAGGUGAAAUGUACAUGUUUAGAGUUGGUGUCCUUUCUGAUUGGUUGGCAUCAUACUAGUAGUUAAUGCUUGUAGUAUCACACCUGCCUCUGUCAUGUCAGGCUCUGUACCAUGGCUCAAAAGUGAGAGCCACAGUAUUUGUAACUAAUGUUGUUUUAAGGGCUGAGAUAGGUGCAUUGACUUUACCUUGGUGGCUGUAACAUUGCUCCGUUAUAACAGAGUGUGUACUUGACAUCUCCAUUGAGCCACUCUACCAAUAAGGCUUCUCUAAUAUACUCUGUCACCAAAAUAGGCUUGUAUGGACAGCUGCUACUCUGUCCUUUUUAUUUUAAAAAAUUUCCAUUUAUAUUGCUUCUGAUCUGUUUAGAUAAACCCAGAUGUACCUUUUUUCAUGCAUUAGCUCAUCCAAAUCAUAAUAAAACAGAUUUUCUACCAAUUCUGUUAAAGAUUUGCUGUAUAUAAUGAAAACUUUGGAUGAUUGGAUAGGACUGGAGAAAAGCAUUUGAUUCAUGGGAAAUUGGGAAUUGUGUUUAACUUCAUAGUAAGUGAAGUUUACUAUCUUCAAUGAAACCUUGAUUUUUUUUUCUAAUGUCUCCUCUAUCCCAUGAGUCUUUUUUUUUUUUUAAAUAUCUUUGACUUUGACCAUUCAGGAGCUACCUAUGUUAAUGAAACUGCUGAGUGUGUAUGUAUGUUGGCAAGCGUUUCUCAGCAUUAAGUUGCACAGAAGCAUUAAUACGUUUUAAGUAGGUUCAUUUAAUCUAUAAAAGUCGUUUUAAAGUUUUUAAAAAGAAUCUUUUCAUAUAGUCGUCACUGGAUGUUGUUUUUGUGGUGACUUAAAUGGCUGAGGUUUGCUGAUGUCAGGUGUGCUGAUCCCUGUACAUAUGUUCAAGGUGCCCCCAGUGACUGCAAUAUAGACUGCCUUGUAAGGGUGCUUGGAUUAAGUUAGAGAGAGGUGUGAGGCUGUAAGUGGGUGGAACUUUUCUAGUUGCAGGUUUGUAAUCCAUUCCAUUACCUUUCUAAGUUCUUUUUCAUUUUUAAAAGAUUACUUCAGAUGCUCAUAGCCUUCUUUCCCAUACUAGGCAACAUCUGAGAAAAGGUAUCAAUGUGUAUGCAUUUAUUUUAUAUACCUUAACAAUGCAAUGGAUCAUCUUAAAAUCAACUUUAUAAUAGUGGCUACAUUUAAAUAGACUGGGAUUCUACAUAAUUAGGACACUUGAAAGUUUAGAAUUAUUUUUAUAUUUAUUGAAUCUCAUUUUUGCUGAUUCAGUUACCUUUACUGAUAGAAGAAAAAAAGAGCAAGCUUGAGGGCCAGCUCUGGAAGGCCCUUUUAUUAUAGCAGAUGCUGGCAAACCUGUCUGCCAGACACCUCCAAGCCUAGGCUUGCUUUUGACCUAAGUCUCCCUUUGUUUCCUCUUCUCUUGCAAAGACCAGCUUCCUGUAGCCAUUGUCACCGGGGCUUGCCGCCUGAUACAGAGGCACUCUGUCCCACAUACUGGACUCCAAAUUAGAAAGGAAUUCUGCUUCUGGGUCUGUACUCAGUGAAGUGACUGUUGGAGCUGGCGCUGAUGACCAGGGAGCACUGGUAUUUCCUCUGAGCUUCUGGAGGAGCUGGAAGAUGCCUGGGAAGCAACCACUGAAGCUCUACCAUAGCUCCCCAGAGCUGGGCCCUCUACAGGAGACCUGUUUUCUGUCUCCCAUUUUCUGUCCCCUGAGGCUCCCUGGGUUUUGGAGGACAACGUGGGGACUGCUCCUUCAUUUGGGGUCCAGAGCCUCGCCCCCAGCACUUCUUCAGACUUAUAGCAAUCUUGCAGCGCAGCAAGGAGGCCAUGAACCUUUAUUCUACUCUUGAGGCUCCUUAUGUACAGAUGUAACCUGUGAUUGCUAACCCCUUGGAUCCCUUAGGUAGCUAGUUCUGUUGUGUCUGUACUUCAUUGAAGACUUCUACACAAACCUUAUUAAAAAAAAAAAUCUUAGGCUGUGGGUUUUGUGCCUCCUUCCUGCAGUAGUGUGGAUAGAAGGGUGCAGUUAGUCAUUCCUUCACAGAUGUGGUGCUUUUAAUGGGAUUCACUAUGCAUCACAUACCGUGAGGCUGAAUUUCUCACUGUUCAGACAGGUCAUCAGUAAAACACAUCACUUCAAGACGGUUAUUUUGAAUUGAAGUUUGGACUCUUCCCUCCCUUGUGAUUAAUUCUGUAGUGAAGACUGAAGCUAUCACUGUCACUUAUGGACAACAUUCCUUUUGAUUAGUGGGGAGCCUAAGAGCCAAGUAGGAGAGGGCAACAUGCUGCGUGGUGCAAGCUGAAGAUGCUGUCCUGUCACCAUCAGCAAGACAGUGUCUUGUCACUGCACCUGGGACUAGGCUGGAAUUUCCCAAGGUGCUGGCCCAUGGUGCCACACUGGCUCCUUUUGGUUUUAGCCCAGGCAGGCUGUCACUCUGCUUACAAAUGAUCUGUCGAAGGUCUGCAAAGUGUGGCUAAUCGUUCUUCUGUAAAUAAAAGUUUAUUGGAAUAUAGCCAUGCCCAUUUGUUUAUGUAUUGUCUGGCUGCUUUCUAGCAGAACUGAGUAUCUGCCACAGAGAACACAUGGCCCACAAAGCCUGACAGAUUUACUGUCUGGACCUUUAAGAAAAAGUUUGCUGACCCAUGCUUGAGAAAAUAAUCCUUUUUCAGGUAGAAAUCUGCCCUGAUUUGUCUUCUCCUUUCUUCUGCCUCUUUUCCUCUCUGUCUUCUUUUCUUCUCCUUCCUCUUUAUAUUACCUCAGUUGAGUUCUUUUUACAUUUCUUUAUUUUUUCUUGUUAUAAAAGGUAACACGCUAUACAGCCACAGCACAUCAGAUACCAUCUCCUGAAACUUGAGGUAUCUCAGCCUCACAUCCUGUGAGACUCACCCUUCACAGUAACCAAAAUAAGGCCACCUUUAGCCUCUAGUCAGAAUCUGUGAGCAAACAGGAAUCCAGAGUUCUCAAGGUGUGCAGCCUGGGCCUCUCCUUUACCAGUUUUUAUCAGAGACCUGACUCUGGCUUGUUUAUUACUAAAAUAAGCCAAGAUUUUGUUUCUUUCAAACUUAGUUGAGACUACUUCAGUUGGAUGUUCAAUUUUCUGAACCUCACAUUUAGAUAUGGAAAAAGUCUUUUCACAGAUGAGAAACAAGUCCAAUCACAAAACCAAAACACUGUUGAUUAUAUAAUUUUUUUGGCCAGCUUCUAGGAAAAUAAAAAUGUUUUGGCACUGAUAUUUUUUUCAGUCACGAUACUCUUCUUUCAAAAUAAUUUUAUUAAAGGCAAGCCGAUGACUGAAAAAUAGAGGCUUGAAGUACUUUAGAGAGAAUAAUAGAAAAGUGGAGCAUAAUAACCUGACUGUGACUGAGAAGUUAUAGGGUUAUAUCUUUAGAUCAAAUCCAGUCAACUUCCAAGGUGUUGUCCUCCCCCUCCUUAAAAACUCAAGGAUAAGUUUCUGUGUUGUUUUCAAAGUGAAAGUGAAUGUCGUAUCAGUGAACAAGUUUUUGUUAGUGGCUCUAAAACAGUGACUAUUUCGGUUGUUUUGAAACAGAUAAUUAACAUUUUGAAUUCUUAACUAUGAAUUUUUAUCUUCCUAUGGCUUAAUAUCUACUGAAAUCCUGGAAAUUUUUCUGAGUAUGAAGUCACGUCCAUGUCAGGCAUCAGCAAGGCAAUCCUCACAUCUUAGCAGUGGGAGUACUCUACCCCAUGCUUGCUCCCAAGCCCUUCUCAGGGGAAAAAAAGAAAAGAAAAAGAUUAUUGUAUUUAAAGCAAGCAUGUUCCUGAAAAAUGUAAACAUAAUUAACUCAUCUUCAAUAUAAAUAAUAAUAAAACAAGCAGAAUUAUGGGAAGCAUAACUUUUGAGGCAGCCUUGAAUAUAGUUCAUUCCUUGAAACGUCAGAACAAACCACUGUAUUCUACAGUGGAUCGAUUGGAAGACUUGAAGGUCUGACCUCUUUUCUUUAAAGAUAUUAAAUCACGCUCAGGCAGAAACCUAGAGCUCUCUGAUGCUGCUCCCAGCUCAGGUCUUGCCAUGCUGUCCUGGGGACCCAGGGAACCACCUCGGACACUUUGCAGGUGCUUUUGCCCUUAGAAUUGAGCCAGAGCUGGCCAGUUCCUUCCAUUACCUCCCCUUUGUCUGAUCCUUUUCCCAGAGCCCUGGUGGUUUAUGCUCAGUGCUCAGAGGGCCAGUUGUGCAGUUAUGCUCGCCUGCGAGCCCGGUAACACACAGGCUUUCUCACCUGCCUGGAACCAUUCUGUUUAACACGAGGUGGUCAGUAGGCAAACCACAUGGAAUUAGAUUGCUCAUUAAAAAAAGAACUAUAAAACCAUGUUUUUUUUUAAAUGCCAGAGGUUGGAGGAAUGCAUUGUACCUUUUUUUAAGGGUUAUGUUAAAAACAAACAAACAAAAAAAGAGACCACAUAUGGCCCACAUAGCCUAAAAUAUAAAAUAUUUGCUACCAGACCCUUUUACAGAAAGUAAACUGAUUCUUGCAAUAUGUCAUCCAAAAUCAAAUUGUGUGGCCAAUUAGGCAUAAAUUUAUUUUUCAUGUAGUCCAGCAGUGCAGCAUUCCUUUCCCUUUAGAUUUUAGGGUAUCUUGCCUGUUCAUCUUAACAUACAGCUACUGUUCCACGUUAUUCCUGAGUAAUGCUCAUGUAUUAAAGCCAGAAAUGUAUCUCCCUUUGUUGAUUGAAUAUUUGUUGAAUUGUGGACAUACGAUCUGAUCUACUAGGAUAAGUAGUUAAAGCUAAAAGUACAAAGUCUUUUACACUAAAUGUACUGCAGUUGUCCUCAUGUUUAUGAGUCAGAGUGAACUUGACUCUCAUUGGAGAGACAUUCCUCUACAGCAGUGCUCCACACAAACGAAUUUACUUGUGAACUUAUAGCCUGGAAUAGUGCCUCUCCCCAGCAGGCACAGGGCAUGUUAGUUUCACCCCCAGAAUUCCCCUUUUCUUUACAGUGUAUUUGCAAGUUUAUCGCUCCCCAAACUUUGGUCAUUACUCAUGAACAUAAAUGGCUGGUCUUUGCCUGUUUAAACCUCUAAUCCAAAUCACACAUUCUCAACUCUGAAAAAUACCAGCAUAGUCGUCCAUGACACCUUGUCAGCACACCAGCAGCUUUAGCCCGAAGCUCAGAGCUCUCUGGCCUGGCCAGGGGAGCCCGCGCCUGGUCAGGCCUGACUCACCUCAUUUUGAGGACCCACCUUUGGCAUCUUACCUCUUCCUCUCCUGCUUUUCCCCCUAGUCCCCUUCCAGGAGGCAUCUCUGGGAAGUCUCUUACUUUUCAAGUGCUUCACUGAACAUGUACAUAUCAUAUUAGAAGCGUUUUUCUCUUCAUAACUGUUUUUCUUCUAGUAUUUAGCCACUGGGUCCAAACGCUAUUCAACUUACCAACUUUCUCACCCACGUUGUUUUCUAUAAUCUACUCUUCAUGUUGUCUUGUAGCUAAAGCUGUAGUACUUGGGAGCUAGUUUGUGGAAAAGAUGUUAUACAAAUAAGAUUUGCAUAAUUUUGUAUAUUUAUACCACAGGUAGGGAUUAGUUUUAGAGCCACCAUAGCUUAAGGUUAUUAGUUUCACCGGUGAUUUCUGCAGUUUUAAUAGUUCUAGGAGACUGUGUGACUAUGAUUUCAAAUACGUAUAUAUAAUACCUAUUUAUACGCACCACUGUGAAAUUUAUUUCACCGUGUAAAUAGUGGUAUUUUCCUGUUCAAAUGCUUCUAUAGAAAAUAUUUAUUUUAACAAACAAAAAAUAGCUGUCAAAAGGGCUUUCUAAGAAAGUAUUCUUUCUAGAGACCCUGUCCUCCCCAGCUACAUGCUCAGCCACUGAAUCUCCAAACAACAUAGUGAAGGCAAAAGAGCGGGGCCUUAAAACCCUCACUGUAUUUGGGUAGAUGCAGCGUGGAUUGGGAACCUGAGUACAUCCCCCUAGUGUCACCCCACCCCGGGACAAAGCAGGUCUCCCACAAUCGGUAUUGGCUGUGCCAGGCAUGGCACCAGAACUUGCUUCAAGCAGCCCACUUUUGCACACACAGUUGGUACAUUCAACUGUACAUUUCAACAGCCCGUGCAGGGAGACCAGUCUUAGUUGUAACUCCAAGGAAAUCCAAACCUGUACCUGUGGGGUAUGGAGAAACCACUGGCUGACUAAGGAAAGCAUUACGAUGUAUUUUAGUCUUUCUCACCUUUGUGAAAAACACCUGUUCGCACUCAGUCAUUAACCAUGGGAAAUAAGCAUGUUUCCUCCCGCACCUUGACCGUGCUCCUGAGCGCCUCAGCUCACCGCCUUCUCCCCGUCCCUGUCUCAGUAAGCUUCUGUGCAGAUGUGGGCCAGCCCCUCCUAUAGCCGAUGGUGCAGAGUGAGGCCAUUUGCUAUAAGGUGUGUGCAGCUUUACUUCUCAGGAGUCCUGGUCUGCAAUUCAGAGCACCCGUAGGUGUAAUGGAACAGAUGUUUUCCCAUCAUGUUCCUCCUCCCUGUGCCCCAUUCCUGGACACCCCUGUCGGAGUCAAGAUUCUCAUUCUGCCUGGGUGGCUGAACUGGGAACUGCAGCUCCAGGACUGCAGAGAGUUUGGGGCUGGACACAGGGAUUUGUGUCAUCCAUUUGAACCAUCAUUUGCAUACUUACUUCUGGCCUCCCUUUGUCUUUUCUAAACAAACAAGGAGGACACUUGAACAGUAAUGCUGGAGAAUGUUUUUUCUAAGAUACUGUUUGUAAGCAAAUCUGACUUUAAGAUGAAAUGUGAAUGGAUAGCUAGGUGCCAGGGAAUUUAGCACUGAAUGAGACAGUCAAAAGUUUUUUAACCUUUGCAAGAAGAAAUAAAUUUUGCUCUCAUCUAAAUGUUCACAAGAAAUAAUGUUGUAAAUAGUUUUUUAAAAAUAUUUAUUACAUGUGCUGUAUGCAGAUUCAUGUUCUGAGUGAUGUUGGUUUGCAUUGUAGUAUUGUAGAAAAAUAUAUUUUGAGCAGUGGACUUCCUUUCAUAACACAGUUCACACAUGGAGAAAGAACAAAAACCAGCAGGUUGAGAGCUGUUUGGGGCAUUUGAUCUGUAAUGUUACAUCAAAUCCAAGCUUUAAUCGCCCCCUCUUCUCAUCUGGUUAUGUUAUAUAUUAUAAUAUAUAUAUAUGUAUGUAUGAUAAACUGGUCAGUGGUCAGUCCCCAGAUCUGCAGAGCAGAUUUCCAGGUGUUCUUUCUGAUGUGUUGCCCAUAAGCAAUAAGAUUCUAGGUAAUAACAUUUAUUCUGGGCUCCGCGUUAGCCCUUGUCUCAGAGGAUAGGGUGGGGGUAGAACAGCUCUUGCUAAGACCUCUUGCCUUUGCUGGAGAGGUUGCUGUACUUGAAUUUUUGCUUCUGUUUGUCUGCACGCUCCUCCACAUCAAACAACUCUAACAAUGGAUGAGAGAUCUGCCAGAACCAGACACACCAAAAAUUUGGCAUAGAGAUUGAGAAAUUAUCAAUUUUCCAUGAAUUUGUAGGGUUUACAGAAUCUACUUGAGGCAAAGUUCAUUUGGCUAUAUAGCAUUAAUAUAAGAACUUUUCACAUUAAAAAUUUACUGUAAAUGGCCAAGAAAAAGUUCUUUGACUGUAUCUGACCUACGUUUAAGAGCUAGCCUGUUUCCUAUAUUUCUUCUCUGCACCUGGGUGUGAAAUGUCCAAGCCCCCUUCGUGUCUGGACUUAAACCAUUUAGGUCUGUGCAAAGCGGGCAGUUGCUCUUCCAAGUAUCCCAGCGUGUCUAGUCCAACAGGUUUCUAAGCUGUUUAGCAGCCUCUCCUUGUGACCGUCCUGAACUUUAUGAAAAAUACCCCACACCCAGAUAACCAUUAAUGAAUAAUGUAGUUUUUUAGGCUUUUGGAAUAUGUCUUCUCUUUUGUAUUUAUGAUGAUGGUGUUUGGAAUUUUUCACUAGUGUUUUUCUAGCUUGAAGUGGGUGCAUUAGGAUAAAACUUUCCAUUGCUGAGCCUGAAAGCAAGCAAGAGGAAAGAAACUGACCUAUGUUGUAUCAUUGGGAAGGUGACUACUUCUUGUGGUGGUGGGAGGGCGGGGAGGGGGCCUUGUAGAUUAUAUGGGGGUAAAAUAGAAUUCCGGCCUGAGGCUCCCGAAGUCUUAUUACCUUGUAAUAAAUAACCCCUUUAUUAGCCUCACUUAAUCUCAAUAGAAGCCUGCUGUUUACCCUCAGGGAACAAGUAGUUUUCAAAAUUGAGCUCCUCCAAGGUCAUUGGCCAAUACCUGUGUACAGGCAUUGGUCGUCUUUGUGAACUCAUGGCAUUAUUUUCCCGUAUGCAUUAUGAUAUUAAGAAAUCAACCCCCACCUGUAUGAAAAGCACAGCCCAGGGUCCUACUUUAGGCUAGAGUUAAUGCCUUUGAGAGGCCAGGGGGUCACAGGAGGCCCAUGCAAUUUAACUGAAGCUCAGGUGCCAUGUUGGGUUUUAUUGUUUUUGGGCCACAACCCUUCAGAAUGAGUUUAAGGGAGGGGCUGCUGAUCCAACUAUGGAUCCAGGGAGCUCUAAGAUGAAUCUCUACCGUUCCUUCUAAGGUCCUUCUGGUUCUUCCCAGUGUUGUCAUUGCCGAGGUCAAUCUCGUAGUGGUUCAGAUGUCUUGUGAGUCUUAGCCAGCAAUCCAGACGCCCAAGGAGAGAGUCUCCAGAGGGCCUAGCUCCUUCCUGGUACCAAGUGUAUUGCUCCUGGGCUGUGUAAAGGUGGUCUUUCCAAAAGCAAUGAAAUGAGAAAUUCUGCAAAUGGCGAUCCAGAUGACCAGCGUGUAUCCCUUGGGCCCGGAAUUCCCACCAUGUUAGUGAGUGUAGGAAAAUACUGUGUCUUCUAUGGAUGAAAAUUCAAUGUAUGCUGUGAAUUUGUUGGUUUGAAGCAUUGAAAAAUUUUCAUUAGACAAUGUUUACAUACCUCACCUGAAGAACCUUUGAGAGUGUAUAUAUGAAAUUUAAAAUAUAUUAAGUUGCUUUAAAACAAUAUGUAUAGCUAUAAAAGUUGGAGUUAUUUUAAAUUUGAAUAUGUACCAAGUCUCUUAAAUAUUGCAAUCUUGUGGACCUUUUGUGCUUCUGUGUUUUACUUUCCUAUUAGGCCCUCUAGGAAACUGUGUUCUUGUUACUGGUAAAGGGGCCCUCAAUGAAAUCCAAGCUUGGAAGGAUUUCCUUUGUUGUUUCAGAUUUUCUUGUUUGGUUUGGAGGGAUGGGGUAUGGAGCUAGAGGAUGUGUGGGAGGGAUUUCUCUAACAUUGACAUCUAUUCCAUGAGCUUUUUCUAGGCGCUUAUUUUAUUGCAGCGUAUUAAACUUCUUUGAUAUUAAAA